AUGUUAUGUAUGUUGAAGCCAACAGGUUGUUCCGGACAAAUUUUUUGUUGGCCGAGGCAGUUUGUCACGAGCUUGGCUGUUUUCAAGAAGAAAAUCGAUGCCAAAGUUCACGGAGAUACGACGAUUGUUGAAGUUGUGAAUGUUCCCGAUGUAGAUGAUCGUAAAGUAUUGGAACACAGUCCGGAUACUUGUACUUUGUGCACUUGUAACAUUCCCGUCAAGAUCCGUUAUUCAGAUGUAUUAAUUUUGGAGCAAUUUAUGCGGGAAGAUGGAACCGUACUUCCGCAGCAGCUUACUGGUUUGUGCAAAAAACAACAGCAGAGAAUUGAACGUUGUGUCAUGCAGGCUCAUUGGGCUGGCCUCUUUCCAGACAGGACGACUGCUGAUUUCGAUCGUUCGGGAUAUAAACAAUUUGCGAGGUACUGGAAUGACGACAGGGAGAUCUAUCGAUUAAAAGAAGAAGUGGUCCCUGGCUCAUGGUACUAUAUUAAACGAUAUAACACACGUGGAGUUAAUUUCAAAAAGAAAUGA